AUGGUCCGCAGCUCGGAGGCCAUGGCGGGAUGCAAAGGUACUGAUAGCUGCAGGUGCUUCUUCGAUGUGACGGAACAGCGGUUCCUCCACAUCGAGGUCGAGAUGCCGGAAGGUUUCAUAAACAGCAGGAGAACGCCCACUUGCUGCCGCGGUUCGAGCUUCGGCUGGCUGUUCAUGUUGCAGAGGGGCCCAUUGUUGCUGCUGCUGAACCCUCUCACAGCUUUGAUAAAAGGGAGAAAACGGGGUGAAAAGGAACCAUGGAGGAGAAAGAAAGAGCUACUGGGGAAAAAGAAAAGUCACCGCCGGCAAGAACUGGCAGUGUCGCCGGCGCCUGGCGUGACAGAAAGGUCGGAUUUCGGCUAUGAAUUGAGGAAAUUGUGUUUGAUGAGUUAUGAAUUCGGAAAUUGGAUUGUGGUGGACAAAGUCUGA